CAACUGGUCCCUACUCAAUUAAAAAUUUUUUUUUCCCUUCAGAAAAUAACUAAAGAGUAGUACUUUUAGAUAGAAAAACUCAAUUCUAUACAGUACUACAUAAAUGCAGAUCUAGACCUUUGUCGGUCACACUCACACUCAGCAACUCUGAACAGCCCCAAAGAGGUCUUUGAUUGAGAAAGGGUAACCAUGGCCACAGCCUCUGCUUCACUACUCCCUCUGCUGUUAUUGUUUGCCAGACUCUCAGGUCUCACUGUUGCGCUUCUUGUCCUCAUUUGGGCACUUGGCUUCAAAACAAGUUCCCUCGCUCACCCUCCCUCCAGUGAACUCCUCAUCUAUGAUAUGCUCCAUCCAUUGCUAAUGGUGAUUGGGUUCAUUCUCAUCAGUGGAGAAGCGAUUUUGGUGCACAGAUGGUUGCCGGGUUCAAGAAAUUUGAAGAAAUCGGUGCAUUUUUGUCUUCAAGGAGUGGCUUUGGCUUGUGGGAUUUUUGGGAUCUGGACGAAAUUCCAUGGGCAAGAUGGGAUUGUGGCUAAUUUCUUCAGUUUGCAUUCAUGGAUGGGUUUGAUCUGCGUUUUCUUGUUUGGUGCUCAGUGGCUGAUGGGUUUCUUGAGCUUUUGGCACAGAGGGGAGAGGCGAACGACAAGGGUUCAAGUCUUGCCUUGGCACAUCUUCCUGGGUCUAUAUACCUAUGGUUUAGCCGUGGUGACAGCUGAGACAGGGCUGUUGGAGAAGUUGACAUUCUUGCAAACAAAGAGAAAUGUAUUGAAGCAUUCAACGGAGUCCAUGAUUGUCAACGGUUUAGGAAUUGUGUUGGCUCUUCUAAGUGGGAUUGUUAUAUUAGCUGCAGUUUCACCAAAGCAUCAAAAUCAACAUGCUACUAAGACCGUAUACUCGAGAUAAGAAAUCACUUGUCCUCCAAAUUGUUUGAAACCAGUCAUUGUACUGACUCGGAAUCUUUAGGUGUGUAGUUGAGUGUAAAUGCAUCCAUUUUCAACAAUCUGCAGCAUCACCUAGAGACGACAAGUUCUACUCACUCCCCCCAUCACCGAGGCAAGUGUUCAAGGCCUGAAAUCAGCCUAUUUCCUAUGCCGUUAACCAAUUCUGCUGUAAGCAAGAGCCUGCAGUGCCUCCCCAUGAUUGUGCUUGGUUUCUGAGUUACUAAAUAACAUAUUGGUUUGAACUUCUUCUGUCUCUUGAUUAACUAGAUUCUUUUAGUACUGCUUUAGCUUCAAUGUAAACCAUAUUUAUGUAAUACGAAUAAGAGGCGCUUUCUUGUGA